AUGAAAGUGAAUGAGGACACAGAAACUGCAGAAACUGAAAAAAUGGCCUCAGCUUCUCCAACAUUUGAUCCCAGUCUUGAUGCUCAGUGGCUUAAAUGGAAGACACAACAUGGGAAAACAUACACUCUGAGUGAAGAGGAACACAAAAGAGCAGUAUGGCAGGAGAAUAUGCGAAAAAUUGAGCUACACAAUAAAGAAUUCAGUGAGGGGAAGCAUAGCUACACCAUGGAGAUGAACGCCUUUGGUGACCUGCAUUUAAUGGAAAAAAUGCCUCCUCUUUGUCUCUUGAUACCUCUUUAUGUGGUAAUGGCCUCAGCCACUCCAACACUUGACCCUAGUUUGGAUGCUCAAUGGCUCAAUUGGAAGAGAAGUCAUGGGAAAACCUACACGGAGAGUGAAGAGCACCACAGGAGAGCCGUAUGGGAGAAGAACAUGCAGAUGAUUGAGCUGCACAAUAGGGAAUAUAGUGAGGGGAAGCACAGCUACACCAUGGAGAUGAACGCCUUUGGUGACCUGAACAGUACAGAAUUUGAGAACAUAAUGGGUGACACUGAAAUUGAGCCAAUCAGUACAGGGAAAGUAUUCCAGAAACGUCAGGUUCUUGUACUACCCAAAAUUGUGGAUUGGAGGAAGAACGGCUAUGUGGCUCCAGUAUUCAGUCAGGGACCAUGUAAAUCUUGCUGGGCUUUUAGUGUGGUUGGUGCCCUAGAAGGUCAGAUGGCCCGGAAAACAGGGAAACUGGUCUUAUUAAGUAAACAGAACCUGGUGGACUGCUCUGGAUCUCAUGGUACUCGUGGCUGCAAGGGGGGCAGAAUGUCAUACGCCAUCCAGUAUAUAAUGGACAAUGGAGGCAUUAACACAGAGAGUUCCUAUCCAUAUGAAGGAAAGGAUGGACCCUGCAGGUACAAACCUGAGAAUUCUGCUGCUAAUGUCACAGGCUUUGUGAGAUUGCCACCUCGUGAAAAUGCCCUGAUGCAUGCGGUGGCAACUGUGGGACCCAUCUCUGCUGCAGUUUUCAGUGGCCUCAACUCUUUCCAGUUCUAUAAACAAGGCAUUUAUUCUGAUCCACGAUGUGUCUCCAAGCCUCUGACACAUGCGGUUCUGGUGGUUGGCUAUGGUUUUGAAGGAGAAGAAUCAGACGGCAAAAAGUACUGGCUGAUUAAGAACAGCUGGGGUAAAAUAUGGGGCAUGCGUGGUUACAUGAAAUUAGCCAAAGACAAGAACAACCUCUGUGGAAUUGCUUCAAAAGCCAUAUAUCUCACUGUGUGA